AUGCAUGGAGAGAAAGAGAGGAUUGGUAGUGUAGUACUAUACCGUGAUCAACAGUGCCACAAAGAACUUAGUCGAGUCAGUGGGCACCGUGACAGAGUAGAAGGUGAGUGGCAAAUCAAUGACAAGAGGAGUGGAGACAAGCUUGGCAUUAGUCAUAUAUUGGAUGUUAGUGGAACAAGUUCCCAUGUCCCAUUUCGGAUAAGUACACCAUAUUCAUUUGACAUUGAUGUAUACCACUUGGGGUCUUUUAUGGCUAGAAUUUUUGAUGUGGGUUGCAAGUCAGGGUCAGCAUGUGUUGGAGGAAUAUGCAUAGGGGGCAUUGAAGUAGAGGUCAUCGACGGUAUGCCAAGCAUUGGUAGAAAAGAGAUUGAAGGACACCAUUGGGACAGGGUGUCGAUGGAUAGACGGUCAAGUGAAUAG